GUCGAGAGAGAGAGAGAGAGAGAGAGAGAGAGCGCGUGUGUGUGUGAGGGCGAGGGAGCUGCCUGACUGCCAGACUGCUGUAGCUCGGUAAGAGUGAAGGACAUCGAGAGGACAGAGCUGCUUUCAGCUUGGAUUAUAUUAUACCCCAGGAGCUGCACUGUUACUGGUGUGUGGAGAGGGGGUACAGUGUGUUUUUAAGAGAACGAGGACAGUUGGAACUACAGAGCCGUGUGUGUAUGUGAGCGGUACAAUGUAUGUGUCUGAUUUAAGGGGGUACGUUGUAUGUGUGUGUUAACGAUGCGGUCGGAGCGUGCGAGCCGUGUGUGUAUCGUGGUGCUGGAGGAUGAGGAGGAGGAACAUUCCUCUCCUCCUCGUCCCUCUCCUCCUCACCCCUCUCCCCUCCUUCACCCCAAACCCUCUCCGGACCGCAAGUCCCAUCAUGCCGUAUGUCGCAGAGCUCAGGAAGACAAGCCCUCUCUGCUGAAAGCCAUCUCAGUGUGGACCCUAAUGAAGUCCGCUCCUCUAUUCAAGAAGGAGGAUGUCAACGUACAGGACAGUGAGAAAAGGACCCCGCUCCACGCUGCAGCCUAUCUAGGAGACGCUGACAUCAUCGAACUCCUCAUCCUCUCAGGAGCCAGAGUAAAUGCUAAAGACAAUAAGUGGUUAACUCCUCUUCACCGAGCUGUUGCCUCCUGCAGCGAGGAUGCAGUGUGUAUGUUGAUAAAACACAGUGCUGAUGUGAACGCGCGGGAUAAGAACUGGCAGACUCCUCUCCAUGUUGCUGCCAACAACAAGGCUAUCCGCGUUGCCGAGGCCCUCGUCCCAUUGCUUAGCAACGUCAAUGUGUCGGACCGGGGUGGACGCACAGCCCUGCACCAUGCUGCCUUCAGCGGACACCUGGAGAUGGUGAAGCUGCUUCUCUCCAGGGGAGCUAACAUCGACGCCUUUGAUAAGAAAGACAGGCGAGCCAUCCACUGGGCUGCCUACAUGGGCCAUAUGGAGGUGGUGAGGUUGUUGGUGUCUAGUGGAGCAGAGAUAGACUGUAAAGAUAAGAACUCUUAUACUCCUCUACAUGCCGCUGCCUCUAGUGGGAUGACUACCACUACGGGUCAAGCCAGUCUACCCUACAGGGUCUCUAGACGGGUCAAGCCAGUCUACCCUACAGGGUCUCUAGACGGGGUCAAGCCAUCUACCUACAGGGUCUCUAAACGGGUCAAGCCAGUCUACCCUACAGGUCUCAACGGGGUCAAGCCAGUCUACCCUACAGGGUCUCUAGAGGGCAUCAGGCCAGUCUACCCUACAGGGUCUCCAGAGCGGUCAGCCAGUCUACCCUACAGGUCUCUAACGGGUCAGCUCUACCCUACAGGGUCUCUAGACGGGUCAAGCCAGUCUACCUACAGGGUCUCUAGACGGGUCAAGCCAGUCUACCUACGGUCUCUAGACGGGGUCAAGCCAGUCUACCCUACAGGGUCUCUAGAGGGAUCAGGCCAGUCUACCCUGCAGGGUCUCUAG